CUGAGCAACAAAGGAUGAAAGAGUAUAAGAAGGAGCUACAGGAUAUGAAGACCAGAGUCACUGACCGUCCUUACCUGUUUGAACAGGUGUCACAGAAAAACGCCAAGGCUGACGCAGAUGCAGAGGGAAGCUGGUUUGAAUGAGAGUUUGAAAUGACACCGAUCUUUAAAUCUGAUGACGAUUGUGAUGACCGAAGUAUUGAGAGUAACAUGGAGAAAAGUGGGGUGAACAAAUCCACAGCGCUGGAGAGAGAGCAUAGCGGUAGAGAGAAAGGGGGAGGGACAGAGACAGCAGUCAGUGUGACAGAUAAGAGCGGCGGAUGACUUGUCUCUCUCUGAAUGCACCGUGAGCAAGAGAGCAAGUAAGUGCACAAGGGUGCCUGCCAAAGCAGCUCUGCACACACACACACAAAUACACACACACACACAGACUCCACAGCCUGGCACAGACAGGUAGCGUGUGAGGAGAAAAGAGUCUCACAACGAAGUUUCCAGGUGGGUCGUCAGACGUUUCCCAAGCCGAGUCUACAACAGUGUAAUGGGUUGCCCAGACCGGAGGCUUUUCCUCUGAUCCUGCAAAGAGGUUGGCGUAUUCCUGCAACGAGAACUAGUCCUCACAUUGAGCGACCCUGGGCAUGGAGAAGCUGACAGAGAAAGAGAAGGAGCUGAUCCGAGUCAGCUGGGAGAGUCUUGGCAAGAACAAAGUUCCACACGGAGUCAUCAUGUUCUCCAGACUGUUUGAACUAGAGCCUGCACUCCUCAACCUCUUUCACUACAACACAAACUGUGGCACCACACAAGACUGCCUCUCCAGCCCUGAGUUCCUGGACCAUGUCACAAAGGUAAUGUUGGUGAUCGAUGCAGCAGUCAGUCACCUGGACAACCUCCAUACCUUGGAGGAUUUUCUGCUCAACCUGGGGAAGAAGCACCAGGCAGUCGGGGUUAACACCCAGUCCUUCGCUGUGGUGGGGGAGUCCCUUCUCUACAUGUUGCAGUGCAGUCUGGGUCAGGGGUACACAGCCCCGCUGCGUCAGGCCUGGCUCAACAUGUACACCAUUGUAGUGGCGGCCAUGAGCAGAGGAUGGGCCAAGAACGGAGAACACAAGACUGACUGAAACAUACGCUUGGGGUCUGCUACCAGUUGCUGUCUUAUCACCCUCAUGGUUGCUAUGGAGUAAGGUUGUAUAACUCACAGCAUAAAGGUUUGAUUGCUGUAUAUGGUGAACGAAUGGCGUUAUCACACUUGACACAACAAAUAAUGGUCGACUCACCUGGUGUUCAGAGUUAACUGUUUUUGCUGUGGAUGUUGUAGCUGCCAGAGUGCUGCUAUAACGUUGUGGGGAUGUUAUGGGUCAACCAUCUUUGGUCUGCAGUUUGAGUUCCUCAUAUUAGAGGAAGCAUAGGGUUAAAUUAAGGUAAUAACUGAAAUUGCUUUGUAAAUAAUGCCUUGAUGUAUCUACUCAAGUAAUUACAAUGAUUGUGGUGGUUUUUGUGAUGUAUCUUAGAGUCACACAAUUGUCAAACACUGGCUAUAUUGGCUAUAUUACUUGGCUGGAAUGGGCAGCUACGAUAUGGGCCCUCUCCCAAAUCAAACCAGUGAUAUAGAAACAUUGAUCACAAAAGUACAGUAUGUCCAAGAUUAUUGUUUAGAGUGAUUGUCAUGAUUCUAUCUUUAUAUCUUUGAGUUAAGCUAGGUACCUGAUAAUGGCACAUACUAAUGAUCUCCUUUCUCUGUGUGUGUCCAUGACCUGGAGUGUAACAAUCCUUAGAGGUCAUCUUGAUUCUUAAAGCCAUUGGUAUUAUUAACAAACACAUUACUUUUGAUGAUGCUCAAUAGAAAAUGACGAGAACUGUUCAUGUAUUCUAAAGCUUUUCUAUGUGAUCUCUAUGACUGUUAGGGUGUCCAUGUGCACCUUUGUCUGAAAUGUGUAUGUGGCACUCUCCUCUCCUCUAAGCAUGUGU